AUGCAAUGUCCGCUACCGUUCAAGGCCGCGAGGAAGAGAGCGCGGUCAAGUUUGGGGGCCGAUCUUGUAUUUUAGGAGAUGUCAAAAUCAUCCUUGCCAUUAGAUACCUUCUUCAAAAACUUCCGCUUUCUGAAAAAAACUGUGAUAGUUAACAAUAAUGACUAUACCGGCGCUUUCAAAUCGAUUAAUAAGAUAAUAAAUUUUGAUAAGGUAAGAAGUACGGUCAAUUUCCAACAACGUUAUGAAAAACCAACUGAUUGGAGACGAAGAUACAUGUAUGAACGGUGUAAACGUGUGUAUGACUCUGAGAUGUCAAGAAAAAUCUCACUCGUUAUACGCACACAUAGGGUUGAUCCAUGGCAUCGUUAGAAACCAUUCAUAUGCUUAGUUGUUCUUCUCUGUUGUACAGACUUAUAAUUGUUAGAUUUUGUUAAUAUAAUACAGUUUUGUUUACUG